AUGUCCUUCUCUACUUCCAUCCGCUCAAGCCUUCAGGGCCCUACCCCAGCCUUUGGCUUCUGGCUCACUCUUCCUAGCUCGGGCCUUGCUAAGACUAUUCUUCACGGAGCCUCCGGGUCUUCAACGAGGUUUAGCUGGGUUCUGGUUGAUGCGGAGCACGGAUUGAUCUCCGACCAGCACUAUUAUGAUCUGAAUAACGCUAUCGGCCACGAGUCUGCCAGCCCCAUCAUCCGUGUGCCCUGGGGCGAGGAAUGGAUGAUUAAGCGUGCUCUCGAUUCCGGUGCCCAUGGAAUUAUGACUCCUAUGUGCCAUUCCGCAGAAGACGCAGCCAAGAUUGUCAAGUACACCCGGUAUCCGCCUCAAGGCACCCGCGGCUACGGCCCCAUGUUCGCUCCCCACUCGCUCCCCGGCGUGAACCCCGGUGCCGACUACGACGACCAAGCCAACGCCAGUAUCACCGUUUGCGUGCAAAUCGAGUCGCGCCCCGGUGUCGAGAAUGUGGAGAAGAUUGCCGCCGUGGACGGCAUCGACGUCCUUUUCAUUGGACCCUUCGACCUCGCUAAGCAGAUGCACGUCACUCGCGGUGGUGAGGAGCACGAGGCUGCUAUUAGGCGCAUUUUGAGCGCUGCUCACAACGCCGGCAAGAAGGCGGCUAUUUUCUGCACUGAUGGCAAUGAUGCUCGCGCUCGUGCCCAGCAGGGCUUCGAUAUGAUCUCUGUUAACACCGACGUUGGUGUUAUCCGGGCUGGCAUGCUGAACGAGCUUAAGACUGCUAACGGAGAGGAAGUGCAAGGAGGUCCUCGUCAGGGCUACUAG